AACAUACACAUGUUAUAACAGUAUGUUUGCUAAGUAUUGUUCUACAUUUGAUAAACAUCAUGGUCUCAAAGUAAUAACCUAUAUUAAAGAUGUUAACAUUCUACUUAAGUCUAAUUCUGAUUUCAAUUCUUUCUCCAAAAACGGAAACAAAUGCUGCCAGUAUUGUAUGGGACAAACAUUACAGUGUCAGCUCCAGUGAUUUGCUUAAUUCCGACCUGGAACGCAUCUCUUCUAAAAUGUUGGCAGCCCUGGGCCUGCUGGUGGACGACAGUAAGUUGGAGAGGUUACAACACCUUGCCCAAAGCCAACCCGAGCCCAAGGAGGGGUAUCAUGAUGUCCACUUUGAGAACUACGACUAUGGCACUGACUAUGAUAACAUUGACGUACACAAAAACCAAUCACUCAAACGGGAGGUGCCCGAAAGGUCAGAAGAAGUAGUAGUCGACACUAUUUUGAAUGGGACAAACAAAGAGUUGGAUUAUGACUUAGAGAAGUUCAAAGAGGAAUAUGACACUGCAACUUUGAUGACACCAGAUAUUGCAACUCUCCGUUAUGCAAAUCAAACAGAUAUAGCAGAAAGUGACGAAAUUGAAGGAGAAUUCCAAGUAACCAUGGAGCUUGAAGAAGUCAGCCGGUGCGUACACAUGGCCCUUUGGAAACACGCAGUGUUUGGACCCGUAUGCAUUGUGACAGAAUUUGCAAAUCUUUCGGCUAUGAAAUAUUUUUACAGCAUUCCACUUUUGAUCCUAAAAACUUUAUUUGUAUGGGCUAGUAUAUAUUGUUUUGUUGCUCCUAUAAUGUGGUGCUAUGAUGGAAUGUGCUUUUGCUGUUUCCCAUUUGAAAUACUACACCCAGAAAAAGGCAUAAGGGAAAUAAGAGAGAGAAUGGCAACCGAGGAAGAGGAGAUAAUAUCUCCAGAAUCUCCCAAGUGGCUCAUCAGAUUACAAGAACAAAAAAACAAACUUCUCCUUGAUUUAAAGUAUGUAGUUAUGAAAUGAUUUAAAUUAUGAUGGUUUAUGUGUUUCUAUAAGUUGUUAGUUGGAAAUAAAAGAAAUUGUUACAUAUAUAGUAGCAAUGUACAUUGACACUUAAGAUACUAAAUAAGUACUGUAUACGUUUAAUUACGACGAAAAUAUUAUUAAAUACAAAUAUUUUGAAUUCUGAGUACGA